CUUCCUAGAAUUAAUGCUCUUUUCCGCUUGAUCCUGAAUGUUUGGCUGCUCUCCUUUGUGAAGAACAGACGGAGGAUGUUGUAAUGAGAGUCGGAUGCGAGAAGUGGUUUGACCUGUAGUCCGAGUUUCUUCCAACCGUUCCCUGCGACUCACCUGCCGUAUCCUCACUGACCUGAAAGUCCAGUUUCGCCGAGAGCCCAGAAGUGCACAUGGCUCAGGAUGAGAAUAAACGUCUGGUGGUGGUGGUCCCUAAUGAGAUCCCAUCACGCCGGUCCUUCACCAGUGAAGAUGAGGCUUGGAAGUCUUACCUGGAGAACCCACUGACUGCUGCCACCAAGGCAAUGAUGAGCAUCAAUGGAGAUGAGGACAGUGUGGCUGCCUUGGGACUGCUUUAUGAUUACUAUAAGGUUCCUAAAGAAAAGAGGCUACUACCAGUCCCCAAACUCCCAGAAGACCAUGAAAAGAGGAUAGGUCAAGAUGAAUUUGAGUCAACAGACAGUCAUAUUCACGUCCUGAAGUCACUUCCUGUCAACCUGUCCUUGAACACAGACACCCACAGUGGAGAGAGUAAGCAAGAUCUCUUCAGUACAUUGCCUGGUGAGGGGGGUGUUGUGGCCACUGUGAAGGCUGAAGUUUAUGCUCAGGCAUUCUCCAGCCAUCACCAUCAGCAGGGGCUGCAGUUUCAACGCAUGCCCUACCACCAGCCUUUGCAGGAGCCAGCUAGUGUCAGUCAUGAUGGAUACAUGAAGGAUGAACAGUGCAGUACACCAGAUAGCACCUUUGAAGACUCCUACCCUGAAGAGACCAUGAAGUACAGGGUACCCACCUCACUAGGGCCACAAGAUUUCACCCAGGAGCAUCCAGGGGUAGACAUCUUCCAGUACACGAUAGAGGCGAGUCGCUCAGUCCGUGUGAAGGGCGGCGAGGGGCCGAUGAUCUAUCUGAACAAGGGCCAGUUCUACGGCAUCACUCUCAGUGAAAGUGGGGCCAAUAAGGGCCUCCGUCAUCCCAUUAGUAAAGUGCGGAGUGUGGUGAUGGUGGUGUUUGGACAGGAUAAGUGUCGAGAUGAACAGCUAAAGCACUGGAACUACUGGCACUCCCGCCAGCACACAGCCAAGCAGAGAGUCCUUGAUAUAGCUGACUAUAAAGAGAGCUUCAACACCAUUGGCAAUUUAGAGGAAAUAGCCUACAAUGCUGUAUCCUUCACCUGGGAUGUCAAUGAAGAAGCAAAGGUUUUCAUCACAGUGAACUGUCUGAGCACUGAUUUCUCCUCACAGAAGGGAGUAAAAGGUCUUCCACUCAUGAUCCAGAUUGACACCUACAGUUAUAAUAACAGGAGUAACAGACCCAUCCAUAGAGCAUACUCCCAGAUCAAGGUCUUCUGUGAUAAGGGGGCUGAACGAAAAAUUCGCGAUGAGGAGAAAAAGCAGCUCCGGAAGAAGGUCAAAGGUCAAACUGUGGGUGGUCAAGGUCACGAUGGAAAGAGAGGUUUCGUUACCUUACCGCAGAAGAAGUCAGAUGUCACGUUUUUCAAAACUAUGACAGACUUGGAGUCCCAGCCUGUCCUCUUCAUCCCUGAUGUCCAUUUCAACAACCUCCAGAGAGCCGGUCAGGUGUUCAGUUUUGGCGUUGAAGAAAUGGAGAGUGAUGGGGUGGGACUGAAAAGGACGUUCAGGUCUUCAGAGGCUGAUGUUUGUUCUCCACCCGUUAAAUACAGCAGAGAGGAGAAGAGGGUCCUGUUGUACGUAAGGAGAGAAGCUGAUGAUGUUUUUGAUGCACUGAUGCUGAAGUCUCCAACACUGAAAAGUUUGCUUGAGGCAAUAUCAGGCAAAUAUUCUGUUCCUGUGGAGAAAAUGACUAAAAUCUACAAGAAAAGCAAGAAAGGUAUUCUAGUCAACAUGGAUGACAACAUCAUUGAGCACUACAGCAAUGAGGACACAUUUAUUCUGGCCAUUGACAGUCAGGCUGACUGUUAUCGGGUUACUCUCACUGAAAUUUAAAAUUGGUGCACUAAUUACAUGGAUCUGUCUGGAGAACACGGGACUCUGAAACAGCAAACUCAUUCUGCGCUAGUCUAUUUGGCCCAUAACCUCUGUGUUAGCAGAGAAAUUGCCUCCAGAAUUAAUUCACUUGGGAAUGCACUUCAACAGACCUGUGUGUACAGUUAAACUGGCUUGAAUGAACUUCAUGAUAGCUAAUUUGAGCAACAGGUAAAACGUUACCCCAAAGCUCAGUCAAUUUUAACAUUCAUUUUUACAUCUUUUCUCUGGUAAAUGCUGUCUCCCCCUUUUGGCCAACAGGGUGAAACAUGUAUACUAGACCUUAAAAAAGCAAGCUGACUUUGAGUAUUGUUACAUAUCAUUCAUUCUUUUCCUUAUAAAUAGUGCACACAGAUUAAAUGUGACUGUUAAGGGAUCAUUAACGUCUGACCAUUUUUGUAAAAGUUGACACUUUCAUCUUUGUCAAAAGAAGACACAUUGUGUUGUAAAUUAUACCCACAUCAAAUAGCAUGAAAACUGGCCCAAAUGUUGUUUGCUUCCGUGAAUACACACUACUCUUUACCUUAUGUGUUAUGUGGAAUGCAUGUAAAGUUUACAGAUAUUCCUUAUUGUGUUGUAUGUUGAUGUUUUGAUGUCUUUUUAAAAACAUACUUUGUACAUAUUUUUUAUGGAUUAUUUUUAUCAGUUAUAUCAGAAUAAACUCACAAGUCCAGAGUAUCUUCACUCUUUCACAUUC